CAAUCAUAUUUCUUAGCUCAUCCACAUCCGCUUUCUGCUGUCCAACCAAACUUUCUCUUCUAUCCAAGUGAAGUAAAGUCAAGCCAUGCUUUUUAUGUUACAGGUGUCAUUAAUUUUUUUUCCCUGAAUAAUGUAGUACCCUUGAGGGGAAAGUAUCUUUUUUAUUGAAUAUCAAAUUCUCUCAAAUGCCAGGAACAAUCCAAGUUUCAGUGUUGGAUUUCAAGAACAUUUCAUCUCCAGCACCACCUUCCUCAAUUUGCUUAUGGGGUUAGUAAUUUCUUUUUUCCUUUGUUUGUUUUUAGAGUGUUUUUGUAGUUGCUUUUUUUUAGGGGAGCUCUGGAGACUUGGUGCAAGGGUUAAGUGCUUGGUGCAACGGUAAAGUUGUAUCCGGUUCUAGGCGUGGAAGCAGUCACUAAUGCUUGCAUUAGUUUCCAUGGGGAAGAGAGCAUACCAAACGUGGGACAAAGGAGACUUCUCCUUCCCAUUAACAACAUUUCGCGAAAAUUUGGUUGUGAGACUUCAGGAUGCUGAGGGAAAUGAAAUAUCACGUACAGAAGUUCAGACCUUAUCAAUAGUUGAGAAGGGUUAUUGGGAUGAUUUUUUCCAACUUGAAGGAGGUGAUUAUGUACAUAUGAAGUUGCAAUUCAUUCUCAGUGAGGAUGAUCGCAACCGAAUUCGUAAUGUGAGAGAAUCUGCUCUGAAGAAGAAACAAUACAUAGUUCCUGCAACAAAUGUUGAAUAUAAAGGAACAACAAUUCCUGUGGGAGAUACAUUUGCAUCAUCUCUGCCCAUCAGAAGGAAGCUUUCAGAUAGAAGUGAAGCAACCUCAUCUUCACCUGUGAAAGAAGGGGUUCAAAUACAAUAUUCUGAACCUGACAGACCAUCAGUUAAGAAGGUUCAAACUCCGCUAAUACGUGAUUAUAUUUCUGUAAAACCUGUUAAUGAGCAAGAUGCUCAGUCUAUGUUCAAGAUGGAUGUAGCUGCAAAGAAAGAGUAUGUGUCUCAAAAGACGAUUGCUGAUCCAUACAAUAAACCUGAGGAUCAAAGUGCUAAGUCUAUGUUGAAGAUGGUCGUUGCUGUGAAGGAAGAGACCGUGUCCCAAAUGAAGAUCAUUGAUCCAUCUAAUAAAUCUCAGGAUCAAAGUGGACAGUCUAUGUUGAAGAUGGAUGUUGCUGCAAAGAAAGAGUCUGUGCCCCAAAAGAAGAUUGUUGAUCCAUCUAGUAAACCUGAGGAUCAAGGUGCUCAGUCUAUGUUGAGGAUGGAUGUUCCUGCAAAGGAAGAGUCUAUGCCCCAAAAUAAGAUUGGUGAUCCAUCUAAUAAACCUGAGAAUCAAAGUGGUCGGUCUAUGUUCAAGAUGGAUGUUGCUGCAAAGAAAGAAUCCGUAUCCAAUAAGAAGAUAGUUGAUCCAUCUAGUAAACCUGAGGAUCAAGGUGCUCAGUAUGUGUUGAGGGUGAAUGUUGCUGCAAAGAAAGAGUCUGUGUCCGAAACGAAGAUUGUUGAUCCACCUAAUAAACCUGAGGAUCAACGUGUAUUAGAGAAAACUCCUAGCAGUGUCAGGAAUAUGAUAAGUGCCUUUGAAACCGGUCUUGCUCAGAAGAAAGGGAGAAGGUCGCUUACAAGGAAUCGAGCAUCAAAAUCCCAACCAAACUUAGUUGGAAUUGGAGGCUCCCUAAAAGAUCUGGAUCCAGAGGACACUGCAAUGCCUAAUAAGAUGAGUGCACUAAGGGUAGAAAGACCUCUUAAUAAUGCAAACUUGCCAGAACCUCAAAGAAAUAUUGACAAAAGAGGAGAAAGCAGUCCUCCGGAGCACAAAAUUGAUGGCCCCGGACAGCCCGUGUUCUAUGAAAAGUUGAAGCAAUCAAGUGUGCACAUUGUCCCGUUUAAUGAAGCAGGCUCAAGUCAGCGGGAGACCUUAACAUCCGCUAAGGAGUCUAAUAGUGAAGCUACUUCACCUGUAGAUUUGGUGAGACGAGAAAGUAGUUCUCGUGAGCAAGAUAUUGUUGGUACUGGACAGCCCGUGUUCCAUGAACAGUUGAAGCAGUCAAGUGUGCACAUUGUCCCAUUUAACGAAGCAGGUUCAGGUCAGCAGGAUACCUUAAGAUCUACUAAAAAGGAGUCAAAUACUGUAGCUACUUCACCUGUAGAUUUGAUGAGAUUAUCCAACCUGGAAACAGCUACUAGCUCCCAAAGAAUCAAUGUGGCUCAUUCAGAUAUGCUGAAUGCUAAUAAUUUAGCUGCUGACCAAGAUCGUUCUAGUGAUCCUUCAGUUGCAGAACAACGAAACAGAGAAAUUAGAUCAGAGGCAUUACUAGAAGUUCAUAUUGAAAGGGUUCCAAAUGAGAAACCAAAAUUAAUAGCAUAUUGCGAAAAUGAGCAUUAUGACUCUGAAAAUUCUGGUGUAUGGAUAUUUCCGGAUAACAAAAAUCGUGUCUGUAUAACAACUGCAGGCGAAAGCACAAUGCAUUUAUUGGAAGAUUACCAUGCUGAAGUAGAUGAUCAUCAAAGGAACAAGAAACCACCUAAGCAAGAAAUUACAGGGAAGCGUGGUUUUUUCCAUAAAAGUGACUCCACGAUAAAGAAAGGGGGAGAGAAGCCACAAAAGCCAAGAAAAUCUCAGACUGAGAGCUCUGGACAAAAUGGCCCUUCUGGACCCGUUAGACAGGUGAUAAAAAUUGCAGUUAUUGUAGGGUUUGGAAUAUUAGUUCUCCUCACCAGACAAAAAGAAACCAGGAGAAAUGACAGAAAAUCAAAGGAGUUUUACUUCGCUAGUCCAGAUUUCAUGGAUCAGUUGGCAUCUUCAGAAGAAAAAUGGAGUUUAUUAUCGGCAGAAGGAAUUUGAUUCAUCGCCUUCUCCCAAGACAAGGCUUACCUUUUGGCUGUCCUGUUGGCUUCGUAAAGGAUAUAUCUGAUGAAUUGCACUUUUGUUGGUAGUGAUAAUCUUGUAUUUCGAAAUAAUGGUCUAUCACUCUUUGGCAUUGAUCUAAACAUUUCUUUUCGUCCAUUUAGCAUGUAUCCUUUCUCCAUAGAUGUAAGACAAGCAGCCAUUUUGGUUAA